UUGGAUCAGAGUCAUCGUACAAUCGGGCAGAGCAAAUAGAAGCCACUGCAAUUAACAAAAGAGUAAAGAGAAACAGCACUUUACCCAUGGCGACGAGGGAGAAGCCGGCAGCCGGCGAUGAAGGAGGAAAGGAGACGCAUUUCCGGGGGGUGAGGAAGCGGCCGUGGGGAAGGUACGCGGCGGAGAUACGGGACCCGGGGAAGAAGAGCCGGGUCUGGCUUGGAACCUAUGACACGGCCGAGGAGGCAGCGCGGGCAUACGACGCCGCUGCUCGCCAGUUUCGCGGAUCCAAGGCCAGGACUAACUUCCCCCGCCCGGACGCCUGCCCGUGCCCCGGGCCCGCCAGCGUCAUCGUCGCCCCCUCCGCAGAAGCUGGCGGCGGCGGCGGCGGCGGCAGCCCCAGUAGCCAGAGCAGCACGGUGGAGUCCUCCAGCCGCGAGGCAGCUGUACCGCCCCUCGCGAUCCCGCUCCCGCCCUCGCUCGACCUCGAUAUCCUCCGCCGCAGCGGCAUCAGCGGCUGCGCUCGGUUCCCCUUCCAGCCGUACCCGGCUGUCGCCACCCCCGCCAGGCAGCCGGGACACCGGUACUUUCUCUUCGACACGAUCGUCAGAUCUGAGAAAGCAGCGGCAGCUGCGGCGAUAAGCCGCCACCACCUCCUCACGCUGUACCCGCCCACGAUCGUCGCCGAUCUGAACUCUGCGAUAGCCAGCGGCGUCCAGAGCGACUCCGACUCCUCGAUGGUCAAUCUCCACCGCAACCACCGCUCUUCGCCGCCGCACAGGAUGCUACCCCUGGAUCUCGACCUCAACCUUCCCCCUCCGCCCGAGAUCACGUGAUCCGCCCACCACCGCUUCCCCCACCUUCCCUCUCCACCACCCACCACCCCCAACACCUCUCCAAACAACAAUAUCCCGUUACCCGUCUCAUUCCCCGCCUUGAAAUACUUCUCUCGAAUCAAGCCCAAAAAGGACCAACUUAGUAUUCCGUUUUUCUUAUUUCUUUACUUUUCACUUAGAGAGAGAAAGAGACCGAAAAAUAUUGUAAAUAUUUAGUUCUUUUUUCCUUUUUUUUCCCACAGAAAAGGAAACCCGUAGUACCAUUUCCACUGACAAUAAACGCUUUUUUUAUAUUCUACGGAGGGAAAACGAGGGAUGGCUAGGCAGACUUUUGUCCAUUUCUUGCUUGUUUCCAUUGCGACAAUUUGACAACCACCUUUCGUUGUCAACGAUCACUUAGACGCGUCAGUAAGCUACUUCACGGGGCAGCGAUUCUGAUACUGAAGUAACUACUCCACCGUCGCUCACCAGCUUUGUUUGUGGGUCACCUACGAAACCAACCCCAUCGGCUUGGACGCCCGUGACUUUAUUUAUAUUUUUUUUCAUCCUUCUCAAAUUGGAUUACGUUAUGGUAAUCGAGAUGAAUUGAUUGGAUACGGAUAGUGAUCCACCGUCAUUCAUAAA